AUGUUGAAAACCGUUGUUCGAUUUUUGUCACGCGCUAAGAAAAGAUUUGCUUUAGAUUCAAGGUUUGACAAUAAAUUAGACGCUGUUCCAAAUGUGGAUAUCGACGAAGGCAGUUUCAAGUAUGUACUUAUCAAAGUCAGCGAUAAGGAGAAUUCCGAUGAUUCUGCUACAUAUAAGACAAUAGUCAGAGGAUACAAGGACUGCCAGGGACAUUCUGACAUUUACGAACGCGUCAAGGCGUCCUGUAAAGUUAUGGGCUUGAAAGCCGAAAUCUUAGGCGGUGGUAGAAUCGAACGUGAUUCAUUAGUUAAAAGAAUCAAAGUUUACGGUCAGUCGCAGGGUUUCGGUAAAGCUGAUCAUCGUGCAACGAAAAAAAUUUUGUUGGCCAAAUAUCCAGAUUAUAUCAUUGAGAUUGUUGAUUAA